GUCUUAGAGGAAGGCCUAGUAUCUCUCAAGGUGCCGUACGCGUACGGAUUCUCAAUCAUUCUUCUCACCAUCAUCGUGAAGGUGGUGACGUUCCCGCUGACGAAGAAGCAGGUGGAGUCGACUCUCGCCAUGCAGAGCCUGGCGCCGCAGCUGAAGGCCAUCCAGGCGCAGUUCGCGGGCGACCAGGAGCGCAUUCAGAUGGAGACCGCCAAGGUUUACCAACGCGCGGGCGUCAACCCUCUUGCAGGCUGCCUCCCCACGCUCGCUACUCUUCCUAUCUUCAUCGGCCUAUACCAGGCCCUCAGUAACGUUGCUAAGGAGGGCGUGCUCACGGAGGGAUUCUUCUGGAUCCCCUCUCUCGCCGGUCCCACGUCUAUCGAUCCCACCGUCGAAGGCUCUGGCAUCUCCUGGCUCUUCCCCUUCAUUGAUGGCGCUCCUCCGCUGGGCUGGGAGGCCACAGCAGCGUAUCUCGUGCUACCAGUGCUGCUGGUGGUGUCACAGGCCCUCUCCAUGCAGAUCAUGCAGCCGCCGCAAACUGAUGACCCGGCAACGCAGCAGAGCCAGGCUAUCCUCAAGUUCCUGCCGCUCAUGAUCGGCUGGUUCUCCCUCACGGUGCCCUCCGGCCUCUCCCUCUACUGGUUUGUGAACAACGUGCUGAGCACAGCACAGACGGUCUACCUGCGCAAGAUGGGAGGAGCGGCGAUGCCAGCAGCAGCAGCAGCAGGGGUGGUGGGGGCCGACGGGGUCAUUGACGUGGGACUCGUGGAGCCCUCUGCACCGCCCAGCACCACUGCGUCUGCUGUGUCUGCUGCUGUGGCGGCACCAGCAGUGCCGGCGCCGUCGUCGCCUGCUGGGGCUGCACCCAAGUUGCUGAGCAAGGAGGAGGAGGAGAAAGAGAGUGCCCGCGCUGAAAGGUUCCGGAAGCGCAAGGAGGCAGAGGCGGCAAAGCGGGCGGGAAAGGCAGUGGGGGAUGAGGGGGGAGGAGCUGCUGCAGCAGUCGGUUUGGAUGAUGACAAGGAGAGGGAACGGGCAGAGAGGUUUCGGAAGCGGAAGGAGGAAGAGAAUGCAAGACGUGCAGCCAAGGCAGCAGCAGAGCAAGCGGUGAAACCAGCUGCAUCUUUGCAGUCUGAGGCGCAAGUACCAGUUGUUGAGGCUGUUGUCUUGCCACCAAGUGAAAAAAGAGAAGAAAAUGAAUCGCGGAAGGAAGAGGUCGUCAUUGUUGAAGUCGUAGAGGAAUCUUCAGUAAAACCUUCGUCUCCAGAUGCCGUUCGAAUCGCGUUCUACUCGUCGCCAUGCGACCCGUCCCCUUCAGUCGUCGACGAGUUUAUCCAAUUCCUCUUCGCGGCUCUCCUCCUCGCUCGAGCUGCUUGCGGCGUCGCUGCAAUCUGGCUGUUACACGUGGCGAGGCUCUCUUUCCGCCACGUGUCAUUCGACCGCAAACCUUCCGAUCCUCGCGCUACUGAUGGACAAAGCGACUACUUGAGAGCAGAAUCCGCGAAGGUGUCUUCUGUGCCUGCUGAACCGCCUCAAGAUAAGCCGGUGGACGCGAUAAGAACAACCAGCACUGAUGACGUCACCAUGAUUGCUAAUAAAGCGGAUGACGUCACUUUCAGUCUGGAGAUUCCCGUUGGUAGCAGGGAAGAUGGCAUCAGGCCGUGCUGCAGCAGCGAACGCGGGAUGGCCUCUGAAGGGCAGGAGUUUCUCCAGGUGCUUUCAGCGGAGGUGAUUCAGGUGGUUUCAGCAGAAGUGGUAAAGAUGCGGGAGGAGCUGGUGGAGGUCGUAUCUGGCGUGGUUGAGGGGAGGAGUGAAAAUGCGGAGAGGAAAGGGAGAAGGGAGAGUACGGAGAAUAAGACGAUGGUAGAGGGGGACGACAAACAGGAGGAGGUGAGUGGAAAGGGAGAGGAGGACGAGGGGGAAAAACGCGACGGAAUGGAGGAGAUUAAUAGGACAGCGGAAUUGGCAAGGGAGAAGGAGGAAGAGGAGCGAAAGUUGGAGGAAGAGAGGAGGAAACGGGAGAGGGAGCAAGAGAGGGAGCGGCAAGAGAGGGCGGAAGAGAGGGCGGCGUUGGUGGGUGAGCUGGUUGAGAGACUCUCGGCGUUGUUGACGCAGAGCAAGCAGGGAGAUUCGAAGCUGCAGCAGCGGGUGCCUCAGAAGCAGCCGGAGCAGGAGCAGGAGCAACGCACAGGAGCACGGCAGCAGCAACAGCAGCAAUCGGAAGACGAGGUAAGAGAGGAAGGGGAGAAGGAGCAGGAAGAGGAGCAGCAGCAGAAGCAGCAGCAGCAGAAGGAAGCGGACGCGAAGGAGGAGCAGCAGCAUCAACAGGAACAACAGGAGGAAGAGGAGGUAAAAGAGGUGAAGCAGAAGCAGGAGCAGGAGGAUUUGGUCCAGAGAGUAAUGCAGGAGUGGGGGAAGGAGAGAGAGGCGUGGCUGCAACGAGUGGAGCAGCUGGUGACUGUAACGAAGGUGACUGAACUGAGAGAACUCGGGCGGGAGUUGGCGCAGCAGGUUCUGGAGGGGAGAGAGGGGGAGAAGGAGAGAGGUGGGGAGAGAGAGAAGGAGAGGGAGAGGGAGAGGGAGAGGGAGAGGGAGAGGGAGAGGGAGGGGGAGAGGGAGAGGGUGGAGGAGAGGGAGGAGGAGUAUGAGGGGUUGGCAAAGAGAGUGGUGGAGCAUUUGAAGAGAGACGAGGAGGAGAGGAGAGGGGAGAGGAGGGAAGAGUUGGUAAGUGCGCUUCUGGGUGCGUGGGGGAAGGAGAGGAAGGAGAUGGAAGGGGAGUGGAGGAGAGGCAGGGGGGAGAGGGCAGAGGAGGGGAGCGUUUCUGGACACCUACAGAGCGAUGUUCAGGCAGAUGGGGACAAAGAAGCCCAGUGGGCUGAACAGCAGACCGCGUCUGAAGGUGCUGAGGCGGAUGUGAUCAUAGCGAGAGAAAAGGGAGGUGCGAUUAUAACGGAGGGAGGUAUAGGAGGGGAUUGCACGAGUACAGAAGGAGACGGAGCUGGUACACAGGAUUGCGUGAUUAUAGAGGAAGGAGAUGUAUCAGGAGAGGUGGGUGACACUGCAGAAAGUGGGACUGUAGCGGAAGGAUGUGUAGCAGAAACUGCAGAAUCUGUGACUGUAACGGAUGGUGCUACAGAACUAGAAGGCAUGAGUGCUCGGCGCGGCCUUGUCCUUCCGACCCUCCACCUGCCACUAGAACGACGCAGGGUACCUGGGAGGACACCUGGGCGAACACCUGGGAGAACACCUGGGAAGGGGUCAGGGAGGGGAGGACAGUGGAUGGGAGGAGCGGAGCUUAUUUCACCUGGCGCUGCUGCUUCUUCUGCUGGCGGUGGUGCUGCUGCUGGUGCUGGUGCUGCCGGUGCUGCUGGUAGUGGUGGUGGGUUGAAGGGCGAUAGGGGCGUGCGGUUGAGGGUGGCUGGACGGCGGUCGUUCAGGCACAUGACUGAGGCCUCUCUCUUCAAUCUGCUGGCUGGGUUCAUGGCGAGACACGGGGGUAGCAGAGAAGAGCACGAAGAGGAGGAGGAGACGGAGGAGGUGGAAGAGGAGGAAAGCGGGCAGGGGAAGGAGAAGGGGGGGAUGGUGAAGGGGGAAGGGGAGAGGAGGCGCAGUGGAGAGGAGGAGAGGAGGAGGAGAAUGGUAAGGCAGAUGAGCUCAGUGAGAGAGGAAGGGGAGGAAGAGAAGGGACACCAAGGGGAAGCGAGGUCGACUGGGGAACGGGGGACGAACGCUGGGAGUACGGAGGGCGAAGGCGGGACGCUGUGUGUAGGUUCUCCUGAGAAUGCCAAAGGACGAGAGGGAGAAGAUGGGGAAACAGAGGUGACGGCCCUGUCGACUUUGGAAGCAGCAGCAGCAACAGCAUGUGGUGGUGGUGCUGCUGAGCAUGGGGAAGGGGGGUUGGAGAGGAGAGGCAGCAAGGCGGGGGAGAAAGGGGAGGAGGAGGAAGAGGAGGAAGGGGGACAAAGGCGGAAACUGCAGUUUCUCGCAUCGACUGAGAAUGAGAUUCCAGAGCCAGAGCGGGAGCAGGAGGAACAAGAGGAGCAGAUGGGGCAGGAGGAGCAGGUGGGACAGGAGGAGCAGGCGGAGCAGGGGUUGCAUUAUGAGGUGAAGGACGAGAGAGAGAAGGGCAAGGGCAUGGAGGGGGAGGAGAAGGAAGAGGAGGUGAUUGAUCGGGCAAAUUUCCUCAAGAUUCUCAAGCAGCAUCAGCGGCAGCUGAAGCGACAGCUGCAGCAGCAGGCCGAGGAGAAUCGCAGAGGCCACGGGAGGAGGGGAAGAAACGGGGAUUUGGAGGGGGAGGGGGAGGGAGACGAGAGGGAAGCGGACGAGGAGGAGGAGGAAGGGGAAGAAAGGGACGAGUUUGAGGAUGAGGAUGAUUUAGCUGUGUUGCGCCGGGCGCUGGAGAAUGAAAUGGAGUUGACAACCACCAUCGCUGCGGAUACGACCACCAUUCGCUCUCUCGACUGGGACCGCGACCGUUUUGAUAUCGAGUUCGGUCUCCUCAAGGGUACCACCUACAACUCCUUCCUAAUCCGCGGCGCCAACAAGGUCGCUCUGAUCGACGCGUCGCACGAGAAGUUCCGCGAGCUCUACCUCUCCGCGCUUAAAGCCGAGAUCGACAUCAAAGACAUCGAUUACGUCAUCGCGAACCACACAGAACCGGACCACAGCGGUCUGAUCCGAGACCUAAUCGAACUGAACCCGAAUAUAACCGUCGUCGGGUCCAAAGUGUGCAUUAUGUUUCUGCAGAAUCUAGUCUUAAAGCCGUUUAAGAGCCUCGUGGCGCAGCCGGGAAAGAUUCUGGAUCUGGGCGGCGGCCACGAGCUGGAUUUUAUCAUGGCGCCGAACCUGCACUGGCCUGAUACCAUGUUCACAUUCGAUAAAGGCACGGGCGUUAUGUUCACGUGCGACGCGUUCGGCAGCCACUACUGCUCCGAGAAGGUGCGCGGCUUCGCAGAGGGUGGGGAACGGUGGGGGAAAUGGGGAAGGUUCAAGCGGGGAACGUGGGGGAAGGUGGGGGAAGGUGGGGAGAAGAGGGGAACGCGGUCACAGAGUGUACGACGAGGAUUUGAGCGAGCUGGAGCAGCACUACCGCUUCUAUCACCGCACUACCGCUUCUAUCACCUCUCUGCAUCACCUUCUUCUUACCGUGGCUGCUUCGUGUACGACGAGGAUCUGAGCGAGUUGGAGCCGCACUACCGCUUCUACUACGACUGCCUCAUGAAGCCCAACUCGCGCUCCGUCCUCACUGCGCUCCGCAAGGUCGCCAGUGCGGGGUGGGAGUUCUCGGAGAUCGCAGUGGGGCACGGCCCUCUGCUGCGCUACAACGUGCCAGAGCUCACGCUCAAGUACGAGCAGUGGAGCAAGGCCGCCAUCGAGAAGCAGAAGCGUCAUCUGUUUUCCCCACCUGCAACUCCCUUCACCCCGUCCAUAGCGGUGCUGUACGUGAGCGACUACGGGUACAGCGACCGCCUGUCGCAGAGCGUGGCGAGGGGCAUCACCAUUUUUCUCCUCGUCUGUGCACCCUCUCUUCCCCCGCCCUCCUCCCCCCUCUUCCCAGUCGUCCAUAGCAGUGCUGUACGUGAGCGACUACGGUCGUCCAUAGCGGUGCUGUAUGUGAGCGACUACGGGUACAGCGACCGCCUCUCACAGUGCAUCGCGCGCGGCAUCACCAAGGCGGGGGCGGGCGUGGAGAUGAUGGACCUCAAGGCCUCCGACACACAGGAGCUCGUGGAGUGCAUCGGCCGCAACGUCGCUGUCGUGCUCAUGAUGCCCCCCACCUCCGGUCCUGCUGCCGCUGCUGUCGCACCCCUGGUUGCUGGGAUCAAGACGAAGCAGGUGGGUGGGAGGGGAAGAGGGGCGGGCGUGGAGAUGAUGGACCUCAAGGCCUCCGACACACAGGAGCUCGUGGAGUGCAUCGGCCGCAACGCCGCUGUCGUGCUCAUGAUGCCCCCCACCUCCGGUCCUGCUGCCGCUGCUGUCGCACCCCUGGUUGCUGGGAUCAAGACGAAGCAGGUGGGUGGGAGGGGAAGAGGGGCGGGCGUGGAGAUGAUGGACCUCAAGGCCUCCGACACGCAGGAGCUCGUGGAGUGCAUCGGCCGCAACGCCGCUGUCGUGCUCAUGAUGCCCCCCACCUCCGGCCCUGCCUCCGCUGCCGUCGCGCCUCUUGUCGCUGGCAUCAAAACCAAGCAGGUGGGCGGGAGGGAAAAGGGGGCGGGCGUGGAGAUGAUGGACCUCAAGGCCUCCGACACUCAGGAGCUCGUGGAGUGCAUCGGCCGCAACGCCGCUGUCGUGCUCAUGAUGCCCCCCACCUCCGGCCCUGCCGCUGCUGCUGUCGCACCCCUGCUGGCUGGGAUCAAGACCAAGCAGUCCGUGCUCCUGUGUGAGUCGUACGGAGGGGAUGAUGAGCCGAUCGACACGCUCAUGUACAAGUUCAACGACCGCGGAGUCAAGAUGCCCCUUGAGCCCCUUCGCAUCAAGGAGCCGCCCACUGAAGCUGUCUACCAGCUGUUUGGGGAGGCGGGCACCGACUUGGGGCAGGGGCUGACACAAGAGGUGCUGUUUGAGGAGGCAGGCACGGAUCUGGGGCAGGGGCUGACGCAGAAGGCGCUGUUUGAGGAGGCGGGCACUGACUUGGGGCAGGGGCUGACACAGAAGGCGGUGAGGGAUGAGACGAGGCGCAGCAUGCCCCUGGCGGUGGCGAAGGCCAUUGCACGCGUGUCAGGAGGGCUGUACGUGGUGACUGCAAUCAAAGGGGCGUCCAAGGGUGCUAUGAUCGCCUCCUGGGUCUCCCAGGCGAGCUUCAAGCCAUUGGGUAUCACCAUAGCUGUGGCCAAGGAUAGAGCCAUUGAGUCGCUCAUGCAGGUGGGCGACUCCUUUGUGCUCAACUGCCUGGAGGAGGGCAACUUCGCUCCUCUUAUGAAGCACUUCCUCAAGCGCUUCCCCCCUGGCGCUGAUCGCUUCGAGGGCGUUGACUGGGACCCAGCCAGCAACGGGUCGCCUGUGCUGGCAGGAUCCCUGGCAUUCCUGGAGUGCACUGUGGUGAGCCGCAUGGAGACCAACGACCACUGGAUCACGUAUGCCGAGGUCACUGCAGGGAAGGUGUCCAAGCCUGAGGGUCGCACUGCUUCUCACCACCGCAAGUUGGGUGAUUAUUAUUAA